AUGCGUGCGCGUCAAGGACGCAGAACACCUGCUGGGCCUCGCACGGUACCCUCUCGGUGCCGAGUACAAGUUCACAAGGUGCUCGGGCCGGCCGGGCACCAACCUCGGCGUCGGGCAGGACCUUCAGCCCACUCGCUGCGGCGCAUGCACCGCCCGAUCCGACGCAGAUCAGCAGCGUCGCGCACUGCCGCGACCACGCGAUGCCGCUUGCGCGGCGCUCAACGGUGCGGUCGAGACCAGGGCGUCCGCGCUCCACGCGGGCGCCCCGCGCAAUGCGUACUGAUCGCGGCGUUCGUGCCCGCGCUGGUCGAGCGCCACGGCGGAUGCCCGGAGGUCCGCGCGAUGCUGGAGGACGUGGAGCAGGAGGUGUGCGAGGAGCGCGUUCGGGCGCACCAUUGUCUCCCCCGCGCUGCACUGGCGUGUGUCGUGGACGCGCUGCAACGCAGGCUCUUUCCGGACCUGUGGGGCGCGGACCGCACGGCUCCUCGGCCCCCGCAGCUGCGACAGCAUAUCUCGCGGGCGGUGGAGGCCCGGUGGCCGUCGUGGCCGCACGUCGAGCGCUCGGUGCCGGGCGCCACCAUUGCGUCAUACGACCGCCACGUGCGGAAGCUCCGCAGCCUCGGAGACCGCAAGCUGUGUCGCGGGCUCCGUCGCUGCGAAGCGGUCAGCAAGGUGGGCAGCUGCUGCGACGAUGCAUGA